AUGGUAGAAAACUCUUCAAACAACACCGACACUCGUGUGAUUGAAGACGUAGUUGAUCAAAUGCUGAGCGUGGAGGUUCGUGUGAUUUUUGAAAUUGUCAACUACAAUUUUUUCUGUACCAUCUUCGCUCUCUUCGGCAUCCUCACCAACAACAUCAACAUCAUCGUCUUCUACAAGCAGGGUCUGACCAGCAGCAUCAACAUCAGUUUCUUAAGCCUGGCCAUCUCAGACCUCUGUAGUCUUAUCACACUGCUCUGGUUCAACGUCUGCGCCAACCCGUUGUUCAAAAACGCCGAUGACAUUCCAAUGGUGCCUUCAGAGUUUGUACACUUGACUGCAGGAUUUCCUCACGCCUGCUUUGCUCGUAUCACCUGUCUGAUCACCGCCUACAUAACAGCAGAACGCUGCAUGUGUAUCACCUUGCCUUUAAAGAUCAAACAAAUCAUCACCCCUAGAAGAGCUGCAUACAUCAUCUGUUUCAUCUACAUCCUCCACAUGACAACUUUGGUGCCAGAAUAUCUUUCUCUUCACAUCGACUGGAAUUUGGCAACAUAUAACAGAAACAAGCCUGUAUUUUAUACUGCUAGCAGUAUGAGCAGCAGUCUCAUAAAGUUUGAGUAG